CAGACAGAGAGGAGCGACUUUGGAUACUGUGUUGGUGUGGCCUGAGGGCUUGAACAUUGGCUCAUUACUUCAUUGCUACAAGCAAAACCAAGAGGAAGGUAUGUACCUCGUUUACGUCUCUGAGAAGGGGGAGGUCGUUAAAACACCCCCAGAGAUAGAACGCGUCGCUGCUAAGUUCCCUGAUCUGUUCGAGGAGCCCACAGGAGUGGUUGAUAGGGAAGUCGUCCACGCUAUAGAAAUAAUUCCAGGGAGUAAGACCCCAAAGGGAAGGAUCUAUAGGAUGGCCCCUGCCGAGUUAGAUGAACUUCGGAAGCAACUCAAGGAGCUGACAGAGAAGGGUUGGAUUCGGCCUAGUACUUCCCCUUACGGAUCACCUGUGCUAUUCGUACCGAAGAAGGGGGGUACUUUAAGGAUGUGCAUUGAUUAUAGGGGCCUCAAUGCUAUCACGAUGAAAAACGCAGAGCCUCUACCUCGCAUAGACGACCUAUUGGAUAGGGUGCAGGGAUGCAAGUACUAUACAAAGAUAGACUUGAAAUCCGGAUAUCACCAGAUCGCAAUAAGACCUGAGGACCAACACAAGACAGCUUUUCAGACUAGAUAUGGUCUGUAUGAGUUUGUAGUGAUGCCUUUCUGUCUUUGUAAUGCGCCGGGUACGUUCCAGCACGCUAUGAAUCGGAUCUUCCAUGACCAUUUAGAUAAGUUUGUCGUGGUCUACUUAUACGACAUUCUGAUCUUUAGUAAGUCUGUCGAGGAGCACGCACAACAUGUUGAGACAGUUCUCUCACUCCUGCGACAGCACAAGUAUAAGGUCAACUUAGAGAAGUGCGAGUUUGGCAGCACUAAGAUACGAUACUUGGGUCAUGAAGUAUCCGCGGAGGGAAUUAGGCCGGAAGAUGCGAAGGUGGCUAGUAUUCGAGACUGGCCACGACCUCAGACAGUCACUGAGGUCAGAUCAUUCUUAGGAAUGUGCGGCUACUAUAGGAACUUCGUCAAGAACUAUUCUACAGUCGCCUCUCCUUUGACCAAUCUAACUCGACUUGACACACCGUGGGACUGGAGUGAUGAGUGCGAGAGUGCUUUCAAGAGAUUGAAGCAUGCACUAAUGAAUCAUGAAGUUCUCAUGGUUCCUGAUCCGCAAAAGCCAUUCAUAGUGACCACCGACGCAAGCCAAUACGACAUUGGCGCAGUGCUGGCUCAGCAGGACGGGAAAAUGUUGAGACCGAUUGAGUACAUGAGUAAGAAGAUGCCAUCGAAGAAGUUGGCUAAGUCCACCUACGAAAGGGAACUUUAUACUCUCUACAAGGCACUUGUCCAUUUGAGACACUUCCUUUUGGGAAGGUUCUUCUAUCUGAGGACUGAUCAUCAGACCCUCAAAUGGAUCAAGACUCAACCGGCUCUUUCUGAUGCACUCAAGCGAUGGAUUGAGGUCAUAGACCAAUAUGACUUCAAGCUUGAGUACCUAAAGGGAGAGUAUAACAAGGUUGCGGAUGCGCUAUCCCGUAGAGCAGACUACCUAGGUGCGCUGGUUUCUGAAUUUGGCGUAUCUAAUGAAGUAACUCAAUCAUUGGUGGGAGCCUAUCAAGAAGACCCUGUCACGAUGGACAUCAUCCGCAAACUGCAGGCAAAAGACAAGGCCACAGAAAGUGAGUUUGUGAUGGUGGAUGGGCUAAUCUAUCUUGAUAAGGCCGGAGCAAAGAGAUUUGUAGUUCCAUCUAGUGAACAGUUGCGUAGUUUAUUUUUAGGAGAAUGUCAUGACGCAACUGGGCACUUUGGCUACAAGAAGACGAGUGCUAACUUAGUACAUCAAUUUUGGUGGCCCGGAAUGUUAGAUGACGCGAAGAAGUAUGUUGAGACCUGUCAGGCCUGUCAGCGGGACAAGCUGCGAACUCAAGCACCGCUUGGGUUAUUGAAGCCUUUACCUAUUCCUGAUGGUCCAGGAUUGAGUGUUUCCAUGGAUUUCAUGGACACUCUUGUGACCAGCAAGAGUGGUAAGAGGCACAUUUUCGUCAUCAUUGACACAUUCACCAAGUACGCUAGACUAGUGCCAAUGCCAGAGACAGCCAGGACGGAAUACGUCAUCAAGUUGUUCAAGGACAAAUGGGUAAGGGACUUUGGUUUACCAAAGACCAUCAUUAGUGACCGAGACGUCCGAUUCACAAGUGAGCUGUGGAAGAAGACUGCAGAACAGAUGGGCAGUCAACUUCAGAUGACUUCAGGGAAUCAUCCCGAAGCCAACGGACGGGCCGAACAAAUGAAUACAGUUGUACAACACUUGCUGAGGCACUACAUCAAGCCCAACCAGGAUGACUAGGAUGAGCAGUUACCUCUCAUCGCCAGCCUGUACAACAAUGCUAUACAUAAUAGUACCAGCGUCAGUCCUAACCAGCUGCACUUAGGAUGGAAGCCUAGAUCAGCAUUAGACUUCCUCCUACCUGAAAACCGACCUGCUGCACUUCCAGGCACACUUGAAUAUGGUGUGCAGUAUGAGAAGUUGCUGCAAGAGGCUGUUGAACACAUGAAGAAGGCUCAGCAAGCCAUGAUUGCUUCAGAGAAUCAACAUCGUAGACAGUC